AUGGAUAACGAAAGCGAGAAUUUACAUUGCAAAAUAAAACAAUUGGAGACUUAUAUAGAUGAACUAGAAAAAAACCUAUGUGAGUAUGAAGAUACAAUCGCUAAACUGGAUGAUAAGAUGUUAGUAGCUAUUGAAGCGCUGGAUUCAAUGAAAGUACAACAAACAGAUAUGUGCAACGAGCUGGUAAACAAAAAUGAAGAACUUAUUCAUGAUUAUGAAGAGAUACAUACGCGCUGGUUGUAUAACGAAGCUGAAAACGAAUGUUUACGGUCUAAAAAUGAGCAGAUACAUACUUGUUUAGAAGACCAAGAGGCAAGGUCAGAGAAACUAGAAAAUGACAAAUCAACCCUCUUGAAAGAAAUUAAGAAAUUACAAAAGCAACUGUCGUGUAUCACGAAAAAGUUUCAGGACGAACAACGGUUGCUAAAAUCAGAACUUAAAGUUAAAGAUCAAGAAAUAAUUUGUGUACAAAAGACUUUGGCUGAUAAAAUUACACAAUACGCCGAUUUGGAGAAAAAAAUGAGCAUCGAACAAGACCGUAACGAACGUCAGUGCGUUGCAGGGAAAGAUAAUGGACUACGAGAUGAAUUAAAACAAAAUUGCACUAAAUUGGAGACGGCUGAACGUCAAUUACAAGAAGCACGAGAUGAAACAAUUCGGCGAACAUCCGAGUUCAAGGAAAAAAUUAAAGAAAUAAGUGAUACUCUAGGCAAAGAGAAAAUUAAAUUGGAGAAGAAAAAUGGUAAACUUAAGGCUGAGAACAUGGCGUUGGUCUCGAACAUAGCGUGUAUUAAUACGAAACUAAACACCUCACAAAUGGAAAACAAUACGCUCAAAUCUCAGCUUACAGAUCAAAAAGAAUCGAUUAAACUUUUAGAGACAACAAAAUACAGAUUAGAACAGGAAAUUGAGAGGAUCAAAAGGAACGAGACGUUGACUGCGAAAAUUGCUAUGACGGAACGUGAACAGCAUGACCGAGAGCAAAAGAUUUCUGAAAAGAAAUUGGAAUUGAAAUCUCAAGAAGAACGUGAACUCAAGGAAUUAAGUAAAAAGCUAUCAGAACGAAUUGUAUCUUUGAAAAAAAUGAAUUACGAUUGUGAUACAUCGUAAAAAUGACUACGAUUUUCAGGUUCCGCAAAUUCUGAAAAACAUAAAUUCAAAAAUAUAAAGCAUCGGAAAAGUUGGACGAAAAAUGGCUGCUAUCAAUUGAGAUGGCUACUCUCUUAUUAUCCAGGUUCUUUAGUCUAGUGCGACGACGGGAGGGUGUAAGACAACAACACUAACACUAAUGUUCAUUUACUACGCACACAACCACAACGCGUAACUGAGUUAAACCAGAAAUUGUCUACCUACAACUCCUUAAUUAUGGCUGGUACCCAUUCGCUUUAAUAAUAUUUUUAAAAAAUUUUAUUAACAUUUUAUCCCAUUAGCAUUGUAAUAUUAGAAUUAAAAUAUUAUAGCAAUAAUAAAAAUAAUUUCUUUUUAA